GCACUCACCGACGUCCAAGGCAGCAAGUCUCGCCAAACCGCAAGUCCGGCGACCAGCAAGAUGGGUAUUGACAUCCAAAAACACCACGUCAGGAAGGGCAACCGGACGGCCCCCAAGAGUGAGGAUCCUUACCUCCUCUUGCUCGUCAAGCUGUACCGUUUCCUUGCCCGCCGUACCGAUUCCGCCUUCAACAAGACCAUCCUCCACCGUCUCUUCCUCUCGAAGAUCAACCGCCCUCCCGUUUCCCUUUCUCGUAUCCUAAAAGAAACCUCAAGUGCUCCUGACCGUGACUCCAAGGUCAUUGUCAUUGUUGGCACCAUCACCGAUGAUGUGCGUCUUUUGGAGGUCCCCAAGCUCUCUAUUGCUGCUCUCCGUUUCACGGCUGCUGCCAAGGAACGCAUUCUCAAGGCUGGUGGUGAGGCCUUGACUCUCGAUCAGCUUGCCAUGCGUGCACCUACCGGUGCAAACACCAUCUUGUUGAGAGGGAAGAGGAACACUCGUGAGGCGGUCAAGCACUUCGGUAUGGGCCCCCACAAGCACAGGAAACCCUACACCAUCUCCAAGGGUCGCAAGUUCGAGCGGGCUCGUGGUCGCCGAAAGUCCCGAGGCUUCAAGGUGUAAACAAGGUUUUGCACUCUUGUUGCAUGAUUCUUUGCGUGAGGCGUUGGUCCUCUCCGGUAGUACAGGCCAUGUAUCACUUUCUCGACACUGUCCAGCACUCUCAUGCCUCCAUGCCCUGCUUCACCGCUUAUACUAUGUACUUGUCGAUAUGCGAAGUAAAAUCGAUGGUCUAACGCAUGCCUUAUGCAAUGAUAUCCUGCAUCGCAUCCUUCCAGUGCGUGUUCUACCGGUAUAUU